AUGGCCGACCUCUCCCUUGGCCCGUUGAGGAUUGCAAAUCCAGACGAUGCCUCUCCUGAUACCCCGUUGCAACCGCAGCAAUCAGUCUCCCAAUUCCCCAGAAUAUCACCAUUAGUCGAUGCCAAUGGGAGGACAGAUUACCUUUCCGCCGAACCCCAACGAUCUGACAGCCCUGUAUCGCCUCUGUCAUGUUCUCCGGCCGAAGAAGCGACAUCUCAGGUAGCAGCGGCGGCGAGCUUUCCCAGUGCUACAUCGUCAACGGCAAAUCAAGCCCACCGGGGCUCGGAGUGGCCGUUACAAAGACAAAAUAUCCCCCUUCCCUUUCAAGAUCAGGAACAAGCACAAGUCCCUCAGUAUACGACUAUGGUUCCUCAGAACUCGCAAGAUCCGCGAUCGAACGCUACACGACCCGGUUCCGCCUAUUAUUCGCAGAUGCCCGUCAAUGGAACGGCGAGCAACGGGGUGUCUCGACAAGCCUCAUACCGCAUUCGAAAUGACGGGUCGGCCUCGGCGGGCUUUCCUCAACGGACAUCCUCAAAGCGCACAGGAGUCGGAGAUGUAGCCGGUGUAAUUUCAAGAGACGACAGCCACACCGAAAGAGCAUAUGGCCCAGGGCAGCAGUACACUCCCGGCAAUGCUCCUCUACCUCCCAGAAAAACAUCCCGAGGGGUGGCAGGUCCCCGAAUAGGGGGCAGUGCAACUGGGAACACUGCACUCUCUACCACGCCAAAAUCAACGCAGACGUCCUUGUCAACCUCACCUUACAACAUGGAAGACCGUCCUUUAGCUAGUGCCGAUGAUUGGCAGGAGCGCGGUGCAGCAGUUGGAGUGAAGCGGGAGUAUGAUGCAGAAGGCCGACCCGUUCUCAAAGCUGUCAAGAAAGGCGUGAAAGAUUUCACCUUUGGCCAAACUCUGGGCGAGGGUUCUUACAGUACUGUCUUGGCUGCCACAGAUCGUCAGAGUGGAAAGAAGUACGCCAUCAAAGUGCUCGACAAAAGACAUAUCAUCAAAGAGAAGAAAGUCAAAUACGUCAACAUUGAGAAGGACACACUCAAUCGAUUGACGGAUCAUCCCGGUGUCGUGAGACUUUACUACACUUUCCAAGAUGAAAGGUCGUUAUACUUUGUUUUGGACUUGUGCCCGGGAGGUGAGCUGCUUGGUGUGCUCAAACGCAUGUCGACCUUUGAUGAAGAAUGUACCCGGUUCUAUGGCGCCCAGAUACUGGACACAGUCGAGUACAUGCACAGUCGAGGGGUGAUACAUCGAGACUUGAAGCCGGAGAAUCUCUUGCUGGAUGAGAACAUGCAUAUCAAAGUAACCGACUUUGGAACAGCGAAACUGCUUCCUGAAAAGAAAAAUAUCGACGGCCGACGGGACUUUGAACCAGAUUCGAAUUCCGAAGAGACGAGAGCUAACUCGUUCGUCGGCACGGCGGAAUACGUGAGUCCGGAAUUGUUGAUGGACAAGAAUGCUUGCAAGGCCAGUGAUCUGUGGGCAUUUGGGUGCAUUAUCUAUCAACUCCUAGCAGGACGCCCGCCGUUCAAGGCUACCAACGACUAUCAGACCUUCCAAAAAAUCAUCAACCUCGACUAUGAAUUUCCUCGAGGAUUCCCAGAGCUGGCGCGGGACCUUGUCGAGCGUCUGCUUGUCCUAGACCCUCAACGGCGACUAUCUCUCGAACAUGCGAAGAACCAUCCGUUCUUUGCUGGCGUACAGUGGGGUCGUGGCUUGUGGCAACAGAAAGCGCCACGAUUGAAGCCCUACGUCCCGCCGCCAGCAGCUCCGAUCAAGUUGAAUGGCACCAGCUCUCAGGACGCUUAUCCUCCAGACGUUCCCUCUCAUAGUACACAUUCCACCAUGUUACCUCCAAACAAUCAAAAACCACAUCCGAGGAUCAUCACGGAGCUUCCUCCACCCAGUCAGCUGGACAUCGAAUGGUCUCCCGUUCUCACAAGGAACAAUGAAAGGAUUUUGAAACUAGGGAACUUGUCCGUUCUGUCCACACCAAAUCCCCACAGCCCGCACGGGAACGAGGGAGGGGGCAAGCUUUCAAGGCUGUUUGGGGGAAGCAACACGAAAAAGCGCCAACGUCUCGUCAUGGUCACCUCAAGUGCACGCAUUAUCAUUGCAGCCGCUGGUGGAGAGGAGAAGAAGUCCAAGCUGGAUAUCUCACUCUUGUCUCCCGGAGUCGAGUUUUCCAGCGCAACGGACUCCAAGGGGGUGACUCAGUGGAUUGUCGACACGAAGGAUAAGCACUACGUCUUCGAGGAUCCUAAGCCGGCAUCCAAUGACCCCACGGCAACUGCUGUGUCCGCCCAAGAGUGGUUGGACACGUUAGCCCGUGCUCGUGACAUAGCAAUGCAGAAUUCCAGCAACAACUAUUCAACCGACGACACUCUCACCUUGACCUCGUCGGCUUUGUCCAGUCAUGCGAACACAAUGAGUCAUUCCACUGAUCUUAGUCCGCCCUCUGCGAGCCACGGACAUUCUGGGCGAGCAAUACUGCACAAGCAACAUUCCGGUGGCGAUUCCGAGUCGCUCAAAGGACGAAAGCGAUUUAGCAAGCGACAGUCCAAAAGCGGGUUGACUGCGGUGUUUUGA